AAAAAAAUUCCGGCGAGUUUUUUUGAGCACUUCAGCCCAUAACAUCCUUAUUUUCAGGUGGGGACCCCACCUCCACUAAGCCAGCUGUACUGCCAUUCCCAAAUGAGAGCUCCGUUCCAGAGGCAGGUACCCAACCAAACCAGAGACAUCCCCAUUUUUAUUCGGGGUGGUGUGCGCUUAGCCUAGAUAUGCCCUCUAGACCGAGUUCGGGACCUCGGUUUCGAGGUCAGUUGAACACACACUCUCAGACGGGGUCCUUUCCCUCACAGAGAUUAACGCUGGGGCCAGAAGGGAGAUUAUCUCUAGUGCAAGAAGGGAGCCCCGGAAAGGUAAUGUGCUCCCAGUUUCAAGUGGGAACUUCACUCCGGAGAGCCAGCUACAGUCCCAGGCCCAGACAAUGGUUCCCUUCCCGGGGAGACUGCGUUUAACGCCUGCCCAAUUCUACCUGGAUUAUAAAAAUCCGCGUGGCUGGCUGGGCGGGCCCUUGGCGUCAGGUUUUACCCCCUUGUUCGCCCCGCCCCUUAUACUCCGCCCCUGCUGCGGACGCUGGAGGGCCAGACCGCUUUUCCCGGCAUGCAUUGCCCGGGACAGGGCAAGUCGGGCGCCAAGCGCCGGGCCGGAGCCGCCUUCCCGGAGUCCUUUGCGCGGCACCUGGCGACAAAAUGGCUGCCCGAGGGAGACGGGCGGAGCCUCCGGGCCGGGAGGCGCCGGGCCCCGCAGGCGGCGGCGGCGUCGGGAGCCGAUGGGCUGAGUCGGGGCCCGGGACGUCGCCCGAGAGCGGGGACGAGGAAGCGUCGGGCGCGGGUUCUAGCCCAGUGUCGGGCGGUGUGAACUUGUUCGCCAACGACGGCAGCUUCCUGGAGCUGUUCAAGCGGAAGAUGGAGGAGGAGCAGCGGCAGCGGCAGGAGGAGCCGCCCCCGGGCCUGCCGCGACCCGACCAGCCUGCUGCCGCCGCUGCCGCCGCGGGCCCUGGGGAUCUGAAGAGGAAGAGCGGCCCGGGCCCCACGCUCAGCUUCGUGGGCAAGCGCAGAGGCGGAAACAAACUAGCCCUCAAGACGGGAAUAGUAGCCAAGAAGCAGAAGACGGAGGAUGAGGUAUUAACAAGUAAAGGUGACGCGUGGGCCAAGUACAUGGCAGAGGUGAAAAAGUACAAAGCCCAUCAGUGUGGCGAUGACGAUAAAACUCGGCCCCUGGUGAAAUGACCCCCUUCCCCCGCCUGCCUAUGGCCUGGGACUCUCUGCGAUGUACAUAACUAUUUAAUGCAGCGGCAGCGGCGGCAGCCUUUCCCCCCAAGGACUUCUACACAGAAGGAAAUCGAGACGCUUUCCGCAGCCGCGGAUGAUUCUCCAGGACUCUUUUUUACCUUGAGCACUUGCCUCCUGAGACUUAGAGAACAGUGGUUUACUGUCCCCUCUCCUCCCACCUCCUCGCUCUCUCUGGCUCUUUCUGUCUUCCUCACCCCAACCCCACCCCACCCCUCCUUAGCCAUCACUUCUGGGAAGUAAAGAACUUGACUUAGUGCCGGA